AUGCAGCAUGAACACAACCGAGUACCGGUGACGGCGCUCGCGUUCUGGAACCAACAUGUGAUACUUGCGGGUGAAGGGACUUUACUCAAAGCCUACGAUGCCGAUCGAAAAACUCUUCUUGCUACAGUCGAAAUCUUUGACGGCCAAGCCAUCCAUGGCGUUGAUGUGGCAGAGCAUGAAGAGAGUUGGGCCGUCGUAUGGGGCGGUUCAAGUGUCUGCUUUGUCGAGGUAUCAUCGAGCGCGAAGGGAUCGAUCGAAUUGAACGCCGGAGCCAGAUUCGAAGCCCAUGACUGGAUAUUGGACGUGGGCUGUUCAGUAGCAUGCUCUGACAAUCCCCGACGGAAUGUACUUGUGACUGCACAUAAUUCACUUCAGCUGCUACCGUCCAGUGGCUUGGGAGAAGGCCAUAUCGAGCCAUUGGUCCCAGGCUCAAACUGCAUCCUCUACUGUGCCCAGAUCAGAUGGCUAAGUAGCUCUCAAUGUCUCAUUGCUUCAGGGACAGCAUUCGGCGAUGUGAUCGUAUGGUCAUGCGUUGUACAAGAUGUGGAAGGAAAGCUGUCUGCUAAACAUCAAACUCACUACACCUUUUCAGCUCACGAGGGAUCGGUAUUUGGGGUUCAAAUAUCGUCGUCUGCACUAGCCGAACGAUUGGCAGGCCGGCAAAGGCUUCUAGCCACCUGCAGCGAUGAUCGAACAAUUCGCCUUUGGGACGUCUCGGAUCUCAGCGUGAAGAGUCCCACUCUCAUCGAACAGCAACGUCAGACUGGGUUUGGUUCUACUUCAGACAACGAUGCGUAUGCUCCACCGGCUCUGGGCAAAGUCAUGGGACACAUUUCCAGGAUUUGGCACGUACGAUUCGAACAGGACACGACGACUGGAGACGUCUUCAUUCUGUCAUUUGGGGAGGACGCAUCCAACAUUACUUGGGCCAUCACUGCGAACGCUGGAACAUUCGCGCUGCCAUACUCUUUGCAACAGGUCGGGUUGCAAAGAGCUCACAAUGGGAAGAACAUCUGGUCGCUGGCUAUAAGAAACCACAGAAUUGUGACUGGCGGUGCAGAUGGCACAAUAAGUCUGCAGCAUUUCUCACCUCUGCGUAUAGAACAAGACACAUCGAUCGCUGAGAGAGACAGUACCGACGACAACCACGACAUUGGCGUCUUCAGAGCAUAUGGCUUUGUCGACGAUGCUCAAGUCUUGGCAUCGACUGAUCAUGGAUCUCUCUACCUCGCCGAUCUGGCUGGUAAGGAUGCCAUGUACACCAAAGUGUCGGACCCGAUCGCUGGACUUCGCGGCUAUUCGGUUAUGGCAAGCAUCUCGCAAUUCGCGUUCGUGGCAGGUGCCGAUGGCGAAGUUUGGAUUUACCGGAAAGACUCUAAGACGCUGACUUCUGUUGCGAAGACUGGUCGCAAAGUAGCUGGGCUGUUUGUUCAGCAAAUGUCUGUCAAUCCGCUCAAAAUUGCUCUCUUGAUCACGAACAUGGGCAAGAAAACGGCAUCUUUGUACUACAUCGAGCCUAACAGCCUUCAAGCGACGCGCAAACUCGACGUCCACGAACUCUGCAUUCCCACUGGCUUUGUGACGACCAGCUUUGCAUGUGCUCAGAUCAAUGAGCAUGACUUCGCGUUCUUUGGAUCCAGAAACGGGACGAUUGCUAUCUUCGAAAUCACGCACAGGGGCAUGGAUAACAAAACCCUCCACAUCGUUCAAUACCCAGAGGCGCAUGCGGCCGAGACAGUGACCAAACUCCUCACCACAGCCACUCGCAGGCCCGGCAGCGAGGUGUAUCUAGUAUCAAGUGGGCGUGACGGCACCUACGCUGUCCACGAAGUCACUCUUGUAGACUCUCAGCCACAGAUGAGAACAGUCCACCAGCUUUCACUCCCCUUCGGACCCAACAUCGAGGGCCUGGGGUUCAAUGAGCAGGAUCACCUCUUAGUAUGGGGCUUCAGAAGCACUUCAUUCGUGGUGUUUGACGUUCAGACACAGCAAGAAGUGAUGAUUGUCGAGUGUGGUGGUGCUCAUCGAAUCUGGAAUUUCCAACCUCGCGAGAAUGGCAGUACGUUUGUAUGGACAAAGGCAUCGAAGUUAUAUCACCAGAGUCAAUCGCGACUACCAUGCGAGAUGAUCAACCCAGGUGGUCAUGGCAGGGAGAUCAAAUGCACGGCAAUAUCUCCGGGUGAUGUUCAUCUGAUCGCAACUGGUGCAGAAGAUACCGACAUCAAACUUAGCAUCUACCAGAACAGCGGGUUCAAGACCUUGCACACCCUCCAGAAGCAAAAUACCGGCAUUCAACACCUCCAGUGGUCAAGCAACGGCGAACACCUCUUCUCCAGCGGCGGCUUCGAAGAACUCAUCGCAUGGAAAAUCACCAAAGACAUUCCACACAUCAACAUCGGCGUCAUCUGCGAAUCCAAACACCCUCGCAGCGGGACGUCCGAUCUUCGCAUCAUGAACUUCGACGUGCACGACUUAGAUGAUCAAUCAUUCCACAUCACAACAGCCUACUCCGACUCCAGCCUCCGAUCCUGGCACUACAAGCCCCAAGCCCAAACAUGGAUCCUCCUAGCAGCCGGCGACUACCUCACCUCAUGUCUGACUCAAGUCCUCCACCUCCACCCACCCUCUACCACCCUCCAAACCCCCACCACUCUCCUCACAGCCAGCACAGACGGCCACAUAACCCUCUGGCACCAUCCCAACCCGCAACCCACCGCCGUCGACAAACUCGAAUGGACUUAUCGCCACAAAAUCCACCAAAACGCCAUCCUGGCCCUCCACUCCUGCAAUCUGCCCGACCAAUCUCGCGUGCUGAUUACAGGAGGCGAUGAUAAUGCUAUCGGCAUCACGCGCGUCCAGAGCGAGGGGAACUCGUGCCAGAGUCUUGUUCUGCCAGGCGCGCAUGCGGCAGCUGUGACGGGGCUUGGUGUCGUUGAUGUCGAGGAAGGUGGCGGUGGUGCAGGUGUGAGGAUCUGGUUGGUUUCUGCGAGUAUUGAUCAGAGGGUGAAGUUGUGGAGGGUUGAUGUUGAUGUAGGGGAGGAGGGCGUGGAGGGCGUGGAUGUGAGGUUGGGGAGAGGGGAUGGCGAAGGGAAAAGGGGUGUUGGUUUGUGGGGUUGGGAUGGAUGUUUGGAGGGUUGA